GCCGUCUCCCCGCGGCCCCGGAGGUUUCACUGCACAACAAGAUGGCGGCGGCGGCGGCGAGCGGAGCUGGCGGGGCUGCGGUGGCUGGAGCUGGGGGAGCCGGGCCGGCCGGCCGUCUUCUGUCUCCGCCUGCCCCGGGGCCCCCAGCCGCCCCCGCCGCGGUGCCCCCUCCGCAGCGUCCCGCAGCCCCAGCCUCCCGCGGGCCGAUGCCCGCUCGCAUCGGCUACUACGAGAUAGACCGCACCAUCGGCAAGGGCAACUUCGCGGUGGUCAAGCGGGCCACGCACCUCGUCACCAAGGCCAAGGUUGCUAUCAAAAUCAUAGAUAAGACCCAGCUAGAUGAAGAAAACUUGAAGAAGAUUUUCCGGGAAGUUCAGAUAAUGAAGAUGCUUUGCCACCCGCAUAUCAUCAGGCUCUACCAGGUUAUGGAGACAGAGCGGAUGAUUUACCUGGUGACAGAAUACGCCAGUGGAGGGGAGAUAUUUGACCACCUGGUGGCCCAUGGCAGAAUGGCCGAAAAGGAAGCCCGGAGGAAGUUCAAGCAGAUUGUCACAGCUGUGUAUUUUUGCCACUGUCGGAACAUUGUUCAUCGAGAUUUAAAAGCUGAAAAUUUGCUUCUGGAUGCCAAUCUGAAUAUCAAAAUAGCAGAUUUUGGCUUCAGCAACCUCUUCACUCCUGGGCAGCUGCUGAAGACCUGGUGUGGCAGCCCGCCCUACGCCGCGCCGGAGCUCUUUGAAGGGAAGGAGUAUGAUGGACCCAAAGUGGACAUCUGGAGUCUUGGAGUUGUCCUCUAUGUGCUUGUGUGCGGGGCCCUGCCGUUUGAUGGAAGCACACUGCAGAAUCUGCGGGCCCGAGUGCUGAGCGGAAAGUUCCGCAUCCCAUUUUUUAUGUCCACAGAAUGUGAACACUUGAUCCGCCACAUGCUGGUGUUAGAUCCGAAUAAGCGCCUCUCAAUGGAGCAGAUCUGCAGGCACAAGUGGAUGAAACUAGGGGACGCCGAUCCCAACUUUGACAGGUUAAUAGCUGAAUGUCAGCAACUGAAGGAAGAAAGACAGACGGAUCCCCUCAAUGAUGAUGUCCUCUUGGCCAUGGAAGACAUGGGACUGGACAAAGAGCGGACACUACAGUCACUAAGAUCAGAUGCCUAUGAUCACUAUAGUGCAAUCUACAGUCUGCUGUGUGAUCGACAUAAGAGACAUAAAACCCUGCGUCUCGGAGCACUUCCUACCAUACCCCGAGCCAUGCCAUUUCAAGCACCAGUCAAUAUCCAGGCUGAGCAGGCAGGCACGGCUAUGAACAUCAGCGUCCCUCAGGUGCAGCUGAUCAACCCAGAGAACCAAAUUGUAGAGCCUGAUGGGGCAGUGAACUUGGACAGUGAUGAGGGUGAAGAGCCUUCUCCUGAAGCCUUGGUUCGCUAUUUGUCGAUGAGGAGGCACACAGUGGGGGUGGCUGACCCACGCACGGAAGUCAUGGAAGAUCUGCAGAAGCUCCUACCCGGCUUUCCUGGAGUCAACCCACAGGCUCCCUUCCUGCAGGUGACCCCUAACAUGAACUUCAUGCACAACCUGCUUCCUAUGCAGAAUCUGCAGCCAACUGGGCAGCUUGAGUACAAGGAGCAGUCUCUGUUACAGCCACCCACACUACAGCUGCUGAAUGGAAUGGGCCCCCUUGGCCGGAGGGCAUCAGAUGGAGGAGCCAACAUCCAACUGCAUGCCCAGCAGCUGCUGAAGCGCCCACGGGGACCCUCCCCACUUGUCACCAUGACACCAGCAGUGACAGCAGUUACCCCUGUGGACGAGGAGAGCUCGGAUGGGGAGCCAGAUCAGGAAGCUGUGCAGAGGUACUUGGCAAAUAGGUCCAAAAGACAUACACUGGCCUUGACCAACCCUACAGCUGAGAUCCCACCGGACCUACAACGGCAGCUAGGACAGCAGCCUUUCCGUUCCCGGGUCUGGCCUCCUCACCUGGUACCUGAUCAGCAUCGCUCUACCUACAAGGACUCCAACACCCUGCACCUCCCUACGGAGCGUUUCUCCCCUGUGCGCCGGUUCUCAGAUGGGGCUGCAAGCAUCCAGGCCUUCAAAGCUCACCUGGAAAAAUUGGGCAACAACAGCAGCAUCAAGCAGUUGCAGCAGGAGUGUGAGCAGCUGCAGAAGAUGUACGGGGGGCAGAUUGAUGAGAGAGCCCUGGAGAAGACUCAGCAGCAACAUAUGCUUUACCAGCAGGAGCAGCACCAUCAAAUCCUCCAGCAACAAAUUCAAGAAUCUAUCUGUCCUCCUCAGCCCUCCCCACCUCUUCAGGCUGCGUGUGAAAAUCAGCCAGCUCUCCUCACCCACCAGCUCCAGAGGUUAAGGAUUCAGCCUUCAAGCCCACCCCCCAACCACCCCAACAACCAUCUCUUCAGGCAGCCAAGUAAUAGCCCUCCCCCAGUGGGCAGCACCAUGAUUCCAUCUCACUGUGAGUGGAGGGACCACACAGAGACAGGUACUGCAUCUCCUUCCCAGUUUCAAGGCUUACCCUCUCGUGGUGCAAUCUUCCAGCAGCAGCCCGAGAACUGUUCCCCACCUCCCAGCAUGGCACUAACCUGCUUGGGCAUGCAGCAGCCUAGCCAGUCACAACAGGUGACCAUCCAAGUACAGGAGCCAGUUGACAUGCUCAGCAGCAUGUCAGGGGCAGCUGCAAGCUCUGCAGGGCGGGGCACUUCUAUCAGCCCCAGUGCCAGUCAGAUUCAGAUGCAGCACCGUACCAACUUAAUGGCUUCCUUCAGCUAUGGGCACCGGCCCUUGUCCAAGCAACUGAGUGCUGACAGCGCAGAGGCUCACAGCUUGAACGUGAAUCGGUUCUCCCCUGCCAACUAUGACCAGGCGCAUUUACACCCCCAUCUGUUUUCGGACCAGUCUCGGGGGUCCCCCAGCAGCUACAGCCUUUCAGCAGGAGUGGGGUUUCCUCCAGCUCAAGCCCUGGAAAUCCAUCCACUUGACCAAUUCCCCACCUUCCCUCCCAGUGCACAUCAGCAGCCACCACACUAUACCACAUCAGCACUACAGCAGGCCCUGCUGUCCCCCACACCGCCAGACUACAGCAGACACCAGCAGGUACCCCAUAUCCUUCAAGGACUGCUCUCACCCCGGCAUUCGCUCACUGGCCACUCGGACAUUCGGCUGCCUCCAGCAGAGUUUGCACAGUUCGUUAAAAGGCAGCAGCAGCAGCAGCAGCAGCAGCGACAGCAGCAACAACAGCAGCAGCAACAGCAGCAGCAGCAGCAACAACAGCAGCAGCAGCAGCAGCAAGAGUACCACGAAUUGUUCAGGCAUAUGAGCCAAGGGGAUGCUGGGAGCCUGGCUCCCAGCCUUGGGGGACAGAGUAUGACUGAGCGCCAGGCUUUGUCUUAUCAAAAUGCUGACUCGUAUCAUCACCACCACACCAGCCCCCAGCAUCUUCUACAGAUCAGGGCACAAGAAUGUAUCUCACAGGUUUCCUCACCUACUCCGACCCAUGGGUAUGCUCAUCACCUAGCACUAAUGCAUUCAGAGAGCAUGGAAGAGGACUGCUCAUGUGAGGGGGCCAAGGAGGGCUUCCUAGACAGCAAGAGCUCAAGCACACUGACCAAAGGUUGCCACAACAACCCUCUGCUCUUGAGUACCAGUGGCCCGGGGGACCCUGAGUCUUUGCUGGGAACUGUGAGUCAGGUCCGGGAGCUGGGGCUCCAUCCCUACGGACACCAGCCAGCUGCCACAUUCAGUAGAAAUAAGGUGCCCAGCCGAGAGUCUGUCAUAGGGAAUUGCAUGGAUAGAAGUUCUCCAGGGCAAGCAAUGGAGCUGCCGGAUCACAACGGGUUCAGGUAUCCGACACGGCCUUCCGUCAGUGAGCACCUCAGGCCCCGGACCCUCCAGAGGCACCACACCAUCCAGAACAGUGAUGAUGCUUAUGUGCAGCUGGAUAACUUGCCAGGAAUGAGUCUGGUAGCAGGGAAAGCUCUUAGUUCCGCCCGGAUGUCAGAUGCAGUUCUCAGUCAGUCUUCACUCAUGGGCAGCCAGCAGCUUCAGGAUGGGGAAAAUGAGGAAUGUGAGACAUCCUGCUCAGCUACAAGCACCCUGAGGUCUCUUUCAGCAUGGAGCAGGCUGGUGUGUAGCAAGAAACAUCCUGUGUCUGCUUCGCAGGUCUGUGUGCAGCUCAGGAGGAGGAGGCUGAGUCUCAACCGACAAUAUCUAGUAGUGUUGCACCACUUCGCCAUCUGCCUGUCCACCAGAAGAACACACCUCCUUUCCCCACAGUGGGCUGGCUAGUGGGCCAUCGUCUGGAUUGUGAGGGGGUUUUGCCAUGUUCCUUUGUAUGACGAAGUCACCAAGGAAAUAAACAGGAAAUCCGUGUUCUCCAUCUUUUGUGAAACUGUAUUUCAUGUGUUUGAGUUGGUGGUUUCUUUUGUGUGGAGGUUUGUUUGUGCUGUCUGUUUCUCUUGUUUCGGGUGUUUCUUUUGAAGACGAUUUUCUUUUCUUCUUUUUCUUUCCCUGUCCAGCCUUUCUUGAUCUAGCUCUUUCUCUCUUUCUUGUUUGCUUUUAUUUUCUCCUUUGUGUUUCCGAGGCAGGGGAACCAACUGUUAGCAUUCAGGGGCUCUAGACUCCCCCUUCUGCAACCACCACAGAGAAGCCUCUCUCCCUCUGCUCCAGUCUUCAGGAGCAAAUGCUAGACCAGGGCAUCUCUGGAAGCCCAGUGACCAAGAAAGGGAAGGGGCAGGGGCACUAGUCUCUGACUCUUGGAGAACAAGAGAGAGAGACACACUGAGCCCGGAAACUGGCAGCCUGUACUGCUGGGCUCCACUGGAACCAUAUCUGGCCCAGCAAGACCAUAUCAGAUCUUCAGUAUACAGGCAGAGAGUGGCCUGGCACUGAUGGGUUGCCAGCCAGGAGUUCUCAGCAUGGGCCCCUCUUUGGUGUAUGGCUCAUCUUCCCUCUGGUAACCUGCAAAGCUGUUGCUUUUACCAUCGCUGGCUCCCCCCAACCAGACUGCAUAGCAACAGCGGUGCGCUGUACCUCUGUGUUACCUCCACCCUCAUUCUGUUACAUUGUAAAAAGGACUGCUUCAUUUAUUUCAUUUAUGUGUGCAUAUAUAUGACUAUAUAUCUAUAUAUGCCUUUCCCUCUCAGCCUCUUUGUUGCAGGAAGAAUAGGAGGUUGUCUGGGAUCCUGCCUCUCCCUCAACCUCUUCCUCCCCCCAGCACCCUCAGCCCCUAAAUUUAAUUCUUGAUCAUGUAGGAAUUGUUUCUGAUAAAUGUUGAUAUUAUUGUUAUUAUUAUUUUAAUAAAGACAAAAGGAAUUUUUGUUUAAAAGAGAAAUGUUUAACCGGAUUCUGUUCUGUUUGGAUGUGUCUUGCGCCUUUUGCUCUGAGCGUUUUCUUUGGCAUUGUUUUGUGAGCUGCUCUCCCUUGUGCCAGUGACACAUGCAGUGGCCUCCUUUCCCCUGCUGAAGCAGCGCAUACGCAAUAGCUAGUGUUGAUGUCACCUUUCUUUCUCUCUGCUGCUGGAAACCAAAGUCUUCUCUGCAGUCUGGGGGCUGAGUGAGGGUCUGGUCUUCAAAACCAGAGAGAGACCCUACACAUUCUGUCAGCCCUCUUUUCUGGGAGCCCAGCCUCUGAAUUUGCACAGAAGAAAGCAGUUGCCAGUCAAGGCAUCCAGAUGGCCUGGCAGGGUCCCCACAGCUCAUCGUCCUCUACUGACACCUGCAGCUCAGCUCCUGAGCCCACCGUCCUUGAGUAGAUUUUUUUCAGUGCAAGAACCUUGCUGGGGACCCAUCCCAUGUUUCCAUGGCCUUCAUUCACCCCUCUCCUAGGUGGAGUCACCAGUUACCUACCAGAAGGGAGCUUACUUCCUAAGAAAGCCCCAAGAGCCAUUGUUGGCAUCCCUGAGCUCUAUCCAAGCCGGACACCUGGGACCCACCCUGCUGCUCCCCAAGCUCAGCCUGACCUGUUUACAUGGUACUGGAUUGAUGGAAGAGCAGACACUACCCUCCAGAGCCACCCAGAUGGAAGCCAGUGAGCUGUUAACCAUGCCAUCUUGCAAACUACUUUGAAAACCACCAUUGCUUUGUAUUGUAGUAACCAAUAUGUGCAGUAUAUGUUGAAUGAAUAUGAAUAUACUUUCCUUUUUCUGUUCUUUGAAAAUGUCAGUAUUUUUUUUCUUUCUCAUUUCUGUUGAACUAAAAAAAAGAAUUUAAAAGAAAAUCUCCAGACUCAAGUUGCUAAGACCUUUUGUCCUUGUUUGUGUGGGACAUUUACUACUUAGUAACUUGGUUAGACAGUAGGAGGUUGUAGAAAUAAAAACCUGAUUAUGUUCUAAUGCCAAA